UUUGACUCCUUUUUUUUUCCAAGCUGUCCCUUCAAACGAAACACAGCCUUACGGAUACUUGGAUUUUGCAAAUAAUAUAGGGGAAGUUUUAGUCCAUUCGGAUUCGGGUGACAUUCAAAAACCUCACUCUGUCGAGUGACUCAAGUCUGUCCGACUCUUCUAUUCCCUGCAACUAACGAUGUUGCUCCUCUCAUCGACGAGGCGACGACGAACGAUUGUACGAAAAUCCUUUCAUCGACGCCCCUAUCCCAGUCGGCUUUCUCGGAAUUUUGGUAACUCAAUGGAUUCUCAAUACCAAAAUACUUCAUUGCAGAGGCUUCAUCAUGUGGAGAAGAGGAUCGUCAGGGUUUUGGAGCUUGCUGGUAGUGUAACGGACGAGCUUUCAAACUCAACUGGCCCACGGAUGGAAAUUCUUAACAACCAUUGUCGUGAGUUCAUGCAGUCAAUCAUGAAUUUAGAUGCAUCCUCAGAGGUUACAGCUGACUACAAGCCAUCUGAUUUUGCUUUGUGUAACUAUAUUAUGACCUUGUGGUUUGAGGUGUUAUUCAUUUGUAGAAUUACACAACGAUUUAAUGUGUUCUGAAGGAUCAUGGCUGAUUGGCUGCUAUUGUAUUUUAUUGGAUAAGGUCUCAUGAAUACAAAACCUUUUAAAAUCGAAUCAGGCAUCAAGCUGCUCAAGUCUGGAGCUCACCAAUCCGAACAAUAGUUAAGCUUGACCCUCUUUGCUGCCUACAUACAUCUACUUUUUUUUUUUGAUAGAUAGCAUACAUCUAAUUGCUUGGGCUUUGUUCCAACCCUCAUGGUUUUAACCCUAUGGCUCUUAUUGAACUUCGAUUUUUCCAACCAUUGGCUUUUGCUGCCAGAAUAUAAAGAUCUAAGCACUUAAUACAUUAUAUUUUGCUCUGUUUGUAUUGCUUAGGAUGCCAAGAUCAGGUUUGAAGCUUUGGAAAAUUAAUCAACUCUUCCUUGAAACAUAAUAUUUGGCUGGACAAAAUACAGUCUGUUAAAUCUUCUCUUAGUUUCUCUUCUUGUGUUUUUAUUCCUAGGACUGUUUAACAGGGCUCGUCACUCUUUAUCCCAAAUUGCUAAGAACUUUUGAUGCUGACUGUGUGUGGAUGGGAUCCCCCACGCUCUAUAUUGAACCCUUUGUUUUUU